UUGCAUACCUCAGGUGGGGCUGUCUUACCGCUGGUAGCCAGGUAGCGUUAUUGUUCGUGUGGGAUACGCGACGGUCUUUCACAAGUUUACACAUCUGCUAGAGAUUUUCGUUAAGGAAUAAUAAUAAUAAUAACAACAAGAAGACGACGACGUCCACCCAGUCAUCAUGGGGGCCUGUGCAACUGCCUUAAUUGUGAUCGCUACCAUCUUGGGGCCCAUCACGCUCGUGUUCAUCGCAGUGUCGUUUGGCACAGAUAACUGGCUGGUGUACACCGUUAAAUCUGACGUUUCGAAAACAAAUCCAAGUAAUAAACCACUUGCGGUUCAGAUGGUUUACCAUUCUCGGAAUCAAGGACUCUUCAGAAUCUGUUAUCCAGGAAAUGAUACCAAAUUCCUAGACAACGCGCAAGGUGUUGUAGACCGCUACUGCUUCAAUGUCGACUACGAGGUACCUGAGACCGUUAGCAAUCCAAGUGAUGAAUACAUGGCAAGAAUACAUUUGAACCGCCUCUGGCUGGCAUUUUACAUCGUGGCCAUUGUCACGUUUAUCUGUGCGUACAUUUUCGGACUGGUCCUGUGUUGUUGGAGGAUCUCGAGAUGGGCCUACGUGGCCGGACUGUGUGCGUACAUUGCAGCUUUCAGUGUAGCCGCCGCCAUUGCAUUCUUCCACGGAGCCGAAUAUCUAGAGCGGAAUAAAAUAACAGGUUACGAACAGUUCUACCAAGGGUGGCCAUCGACUCUGAAAGACGGCACGAACCGCAAGUACGGCUGGUCGUACAUCAUCGGCUGGGUGGGCAUGAUCCUGGCGGCGUUCACCGCCACCUUCUACUCGCUGGCGGGAUGCUACAUCACCAGCGGCCACUACGAGGACUCGCGCGAGAUCCUGGAGAAGCCGAGCCGCCACUCGCCCCACAUGAUGAUGGAGCCCAUGUACACCCUCGACGACCCCUACUACGCCAAAUACGCCAUGUCCGGAGGCUACCCCCGCGGAGGCUACGUCGGACCCUACAUGUACGGCCCUGAUGGACGACCCCUUGCUCACGCCCCAGCUAUCGCUUACCCUGGUGAUCCUCACUGGCAGUUUCGGGAAGCCUAAUUUGGAUGUUCAUGUUAUCUGGGAACAUUUAAAAUAAUAAUAAUAAUAAUGACUUAUCAAAGAUGUUUCAAAACAAUACCAAUGUGUACGAUAUAUAAUUAUAUACCAUUCUAUAUCCACAAAACGACUACGUUCCAUGCAAUCUUAACUGACUGCGUGUUGGAACAGUCCUGUGGAGUGUAUUUACAUACAUGUUAAGCUUGGUAUGUUGGCGAUGAAAAUCCCAUUAGUACAUAACACAUUAUUUAAAUUUAAUGAAAAUAAUUUAUUAAAAGUAAAAGAAAAAAAGAAAGGAAAUUUUUUUAUAUAUUAAAUAUGUUGAAAACAGCAUUUUACUUUCAUUUUAUAGAAACAAAACAAAACAAAAUAUAUGUAUAUUAAAAAAAAACCCAAAUUAUCUUAAUAUUAUUUAAAUGUUAGGAACAUUUUCGUUAGAAUCGUUACCUUUUCCGUCGGUACAAACAAUUAAACAGCUAAUUUGUACUGUAUUUUUGACAUGUUUUAAUUUCUUGUAUGUAUUACAACAGUCAUGUGUAGUUUCAUGUGUGUGUGUGUGUGUAUGUGUGCGUGUUACACUGUGCUUGUAUCUAAGUCACAAAAAUAGACGAAUGCCUUGCACAAAGUAAAUAAACUGACAUAUAUAGCAAGAAACAUUAUAUACCAUAAAAUGUAUUUUGCAAAACAUCAGUAAAAACAAUUUUUGCAAGUGUUAUACGCUGUCUUAUGCAAUGCAUGUAGGUAUUAAUCACACUGAUCAAGUACAUUAGAUAUAGAUACUUGGUCCUCAUAUAACAUUUCAGGGCAUUUUUAGCGAGGAUUUUGUUACUUGCUUGAAAUAUUAAUUUUCUUACAUCUGGCAUACCCUGACAGGAAACAAAUGUGCAUCCGUUUGAUGUUGAUCCUGAUAACGGAAUACUUGACUUACAUCAUGCCUACGUUGAGUCAUUCGUUUUUCGUUUAAUGUUUACAAACUAUUUUGACUGGUUCCCGAAGUGGUCAUUUGGUUUAACGUGCAGCGUAAAAAUCAGUUUACCAGCGUCAGCGAUAAACGUCUGGCUGAACUUACCCCAGGUGUAAAAAUAUUAAUAUUCCAAGCAAGAAACUACCCAGGCCCGUAGCCAAUGCGGGGUCGGGGUCCGUCGACCCCCCCCCCCCCCCUUUCCGGUGGCUUUUUUUUUUCAAUAUGCCACCGGACCUGCCUAAGCAAAUCGGGCACUUCGUGCCUCACCAUAAGCCUAAACGACCACCCCCCCCCCCCCCCCCCCCAACAUCCUGCCUACGGGCCUGCUACCUUUCAACAAGAAGAUUUUAAAGUGAACAUGAACCUUUAUCAUUACAUGGAAUACAAAACUACACAUCACGUUUAUUGAAUCGACGUCACAAUCCCAAUAAACAUACUCAACAGUACGUGUAUUGAAUUAACCAAUUUAUUUAUAUUAUCUUUCCAUACACAAAACAUUACGUAUAUUGAAUUAAACAAUUUAUUUAUGGCAUCUUUUUAAGAUAUCUAAUAUAGUGCAUACAUAUCUUUAUCUAAAUAUUUCUUUUUAUAACCACUCAUGUAUCACGUUAUUCCUAAUAUACCAUAUUCAAAAUUCAAACAAUGUUCAUUUGUAAAAAUAAUACAAAUCCCGAUAAACACAUUCACACUCGAGUGUACUUCGAUAAAAGAUGGGGCAAACUGCUACGGUAUGCAUGUUGUCAGUUUUAAACAUUAAUACUCGGUGUACCUGAUUUGGUAACAAUAAAGGUUUUAGUGGUCACAAUGUAUUAUUUUAUUCACAUAGUAUGAAAGCAAUGACAUUUUUAAUUUGUAGUGGAUAAAUAAUGUUGAAUACGCAUUGAGCCCAAUUUUAGCAUAUCACUUAGCAUAGUCCAUUUCCAGAAUAGGAGGGUACUCGUUAUACAUUAUUAUUAUUAUUAUUGUUAUUGUUAUUAUUUUGUUUGUAAAGAUCUAAUUAGCGAUGAUCUCGGGUAAUUAAUAAGAUUUCUAAACUUCCUACCAUUACACAAAGUGUGUAUUUGAAAUUAGUUUAAGUGCAGGUUACACUUGUUUGUGCAAUAGCAAACUCGUAGAUGAAUGAACGUCUUCAGAAUAUCUAAUUUUGUACAUGCCUCUUUCCAGUAGCCUCUACAUUUUGAAUGUCAAAACUCUUUCUAAAUAGAUUCCGUUAGUUUUGUUUACUCGCUAGUCGCAUUAACAUCAUUACUAAUAACCCUGUUUCGUGAACAUUCUUGUUAGCUAGUGCGUGUGUUGGUGUUUUCCUUUUCUGUUUCUCUGAAUCUCAUGUAUGACUAUACUAACCACAAUAAUCUAGAAAUCCAUUUGAGAGUUUUGUUACUUAUUACAUCGCACGAGUAGUUUUAACAUUGUGAACUUAAAAGAUUUUAGUGUGACUGUACAAAUUAUAAUAUUCAAGAUUUAAAUUGUAUUUAUAUAUUAUUCUAUAACUACAUUAUACUUUUUUUUUUCAAAUCAUGAUUCAUGCUAACAUGUAUACUGUACACACAUAAUCAUUAAAAACGUUUUCUAUAAAG